AUGGCGGCGCAGGCGAUGGAUCAUAAGGAGUGGCUGGCGAAGCUGGUGGCGUUCGACACGACGAGCCGCAACUCCAACCUCGACCUCAUCCACUACUGCAAGGAGUACCUGGAGGGGCUCGGUGUGAAGUGCACGCUGGUGCACAACGCGGAGAAGACAAAGGCGAAUCUGUGGGCAACGCUGCCGGGCGACGGCGGUGUGACGGACGGCGGCAUCAUUCUCUCCGGCCACACCGACGUGGUGCCGGUGGACGGGCAGAAGUGGGACAGUGACCCGUUCACGCUGACGGAGAAGGAUGGCCGGCUGUACGGGCGGGGCACAUCCGACAUGAAGGGAUUUGUUGCUGUUGCGAUGUCACUGACACCGGAGUUCCUCCGCAUGCGGCGGGCGAAGCCGAUCCACUUUGCGUGGUCGUACGACGAGGAGGUGGGCUGUCUCGGCGGCAAGGUGCUUGCGGAGUUCCUGCGGGAUAACAACAUCAAGGCGGAUGGAUGCAUCGUUGGGGAACCCACAGGAAUGUUGGUUCGUACGGGUAACAAGGUGAUAGCUAGGUGGCAGAUUUCCGUUUUUGGUAAGGAGAUGAACUCGCUCUUUUCGCUUCCGGAGGGGGAUGUUGAUAUAACGGAUUAUGUCUCUAAAGUGAUUUUAAAGGUUAGUGAUUUGGUAAAUAAUGGUGCAUAUUUUGAUGUUGAUAAUGAGGAUAGUGCGUCGUUAAGAAUGUCGUCGAAUGGUGUGGGGAAGGAAAAGACUGACCCAAGUAUUCUUCCUGCUGAUUGUAAAUUCUUUUUUGAGUGUUACCCCCCUUCUUCGAAGUAUGUGCCUUGGCUUUUGUUUCUUGUGCAGGAAUAUGUGGAUAAAGAGUUACUGCCAUCAUUGCGUAUGGAGUUUCCGGAUGCAUGUAUGGAAGUGGAUGUUUUAUGUAGUUCUGCUGUUAUCAAUUCUAGGGAACAACUGGAGCAGCCGCAGGGUGGGCCGUUUUUUUUAUCUAGUUUUCAUAGUAAAGAAAGUUUUAAUAAUCAUAAUUCCAUGGAGUUUGUGAGGUUGGAUGAUACAUUUGAAUUAAGAAACUUUUUACUUCGUGAGGUGGCUUUAGUUUCUAGAGGCUGUGAUUCGCAUCUCUAG